AUGGGCUCCUCUAACCCCUCCGUUUUCACCGCGUCCACGGUGGCUGCUGCCCCCGAAGACCCUCUCUUUGGUCUUAUGAAGGCUUAUCGUGAGGACCCCUCCGAUAAAAAAGUUGAUUUGGGCAUUGGUGCCUACCGCGAUAACAACGCAAAGCCAUGGGUUUUGCCUGUUGUCAAGAAGGCUGAUGACGCCAUUCACAAUGACCCCAACCUCAACCACGAAUAUCUUUCCAUUGGCGGUCUCCCCGACCUCACAGCAGCUGCACAGAAACUCAUCGUCGGCGCCGACAGCCCCGCCAUCAAAGAGAAACGGAUCUGCACCCUGCAAACCAUCUCGGGAACCGGCGCAGUCCACCUAGGCGGCCUCUUCCUAUCCAAAUUCCACCCCCAAAAACCAACCAUCUACCUCUCAAACCCAACAUGGGCUAACCACAACCAAAUCUUCUCCAACGUCGGGCUCAAAAUCGCCCAAUACCCCUACUUCUCCGCCAAGACCAAGGGCCUCGACUUCGAUGGCAUGCUGUCAGCGCUGCGGGCAGCGCCGAACGGAUCUAUCAUCCUCCUCCACGCCUGCGCUCACAACCCCACCGGCGUAGACCCCACAGAAGACCAAUGGCGCCAAAUCGCAACUCUUAUGCGCGAGCGCGCACACUUCCCCUUCUUCGACACAGCAUACCAAGGCUUUGCAUCAGGUGACCUUACCCGUGACGCGUGGGCUAUUCGGUACUUUAUCGAGCAGGGCUUUGAGCUUUGUGUUGCGCAGUCCUUUGCAAAGAAUUUCGGCCUCUACGGAGAGCGAACUGGUGCUUUCCAUUUUGUUUCUGCUGGUGCUGAGGCGGGGACUGCUAAUGCAAAUGUUGCGAGUCAGUUAGCUAUUUUGCAGCGAUCGGAGAUUUCUAAUCCCCCUGCUUAUGGGGCUAGGAUUGCUGCGAAGGUUCUUAAUGAUCCUCAGCUGUUUAAGGAGUGGGAGGAUGAUUUGAGGACUAUGAGCGGGCGUAUUUUGGAGAUGAGGAGUGGACUUCGUGAGCGUCUUGAGAAGCGUGGUACGCCUGGUUCUUGGGAGCAUAUUACUUCGCAGAUUGGUAUGUUCAGUUUUACUGGAUUGACUGAGACGCAAGUUAAGGUGUUGCGUGAUAAGUGGCAUGUUUACAUGACUAAGAACGGCCGCAUUUCAAUGGCUGGUCUGAACACAAAUAACAUCGACUACUUCGCUGAGGCAGUCGAUAGUGUCGUGCGUGAGACUUCUUAG